AGCAGGUGUAUAAAUGUUGCUCAGGUGAGCGAGUAAGGGCAACAGCACAGACAGGACACUGUGACAAAACUAAAGGGGAAAACCGAAAACAGAUUCUAAGAUGCUUAAAGGAUUGUUAUCAGUGCUCUUGGUCCUGGGGACCCUGACCUCCACUAUGGGAAAGCCGGAGAAGACCACUCCAAAGAAAGAGAAGAGGAUCCCUCAAACUCUCUCCAGAGGUUGGGGUGAUCAGUUGAUCUGGGCUCAGACAUACGAGGAAGCCUUGUUUUGGUCACGAUCCAGGAACAAGCCCCUCAUGGUUAUAUUUCACUUGGAGGACUGCCCACACAGCCUGUCUCUGAAGAAGGCCUUCGCUGAGGAUAAAGAGAUCCAGAAGUUGGCCGAUGAAGAGUUUAUCGUCUUGAACCUGAUGUAUGAAACAACAGACAAGCACUUGUCUCCCGAUGGCCAGUACGUUCCAAGAAUCCUUUUAGUUGAUCCCUCCAUGACCGUCCGGGCUGACAUUACUGGUCGCUACUCUAACCGCAUGUACGCCUAUGAGCCAAGCGACAUUAAACUCUUGUUAAGCAACAUGCAAAGAGCCUUGAAGUUUUUGAAGACGGAGUUGUGAACACAGAAGCAUGACCCUUCUGUUCACAGAGAGGAAAUGACGUCCCUGAGGGUGACUUUUACUUUGUCAUUUGCUUACUGACACUUAAAACCGCACUGUAAAGUCCUGUACAAAUUUUAAAACAUUUUCUCUCUGUUACGGUCACCUUCAGGCUUUCCAUUUCUUUUAAUGUAUUUCCCUGUUUUUUGAAAUAAAUGAAGUUGUUCAACA